AUGAGAAGAUGUCCCCCUGAUAUGUUUAGUGAUUGGGUUAAGCUCCAAAACUUCUAUGAAGGCUUAAGCUUCGAAGCAAGGAAGGGACUAGAUUACUCAUCAGGAGGAUCACUCAACAUGAUGAAAACUGCCAAGGAGGCUCAAGACCUCAUUGAGAUUGUGGCAAACAAUCAGUAUUAUUACUCAUCAGAGAGGCAGCUUAAUCCGACCCCAAAGAAAGGUGUAAUGGAGCUUGAAGCAGUGAACACAACAAAUCAACCAUUGCUUGAAUGGAACCAAGGUGAAGGGACCAAUGUUGAACAACCACAAGAACAAGUUCAAUACAUGCAGAACACUUCAAAUUCUCAGGAUGAAUUUCAUGGUGAUACAUACAACCCAUCUUGGAAAAAUCAUCCCAAUCUAAAGUGGGGUGAAAACCAUUGGCAAAAGAAUAGCAACCACAAUCAAACCCGUAACACAAAUAACCAAAAUCACCAUGCCAACAACACUAACCAAUAUAGAAAAACACAAAACACAUAUCAACCACCCCAUCAUAAUUCACAAACUCACCAAAAUAACUUUUCUGCACCAACAUCCAACUCACAAAAUCACCACACUAAUCCGCCCAACAACUUCCAACAACAAUCAACUCCCAUCAUACCCCCAAUUGACCAUCAUGAAACUAGAAUCUCAAGUCUUGAAGCAACCUUGCAAGCACUUGCUCAAACCACUCAAGCCUUAGCUAAGGGACAUAAGGAACAUGAGGUCAUCAUGAAGAAUAUUGAGAGACAAGUGGGACAAUUAGCCAAACAAGCCGAGCGACCAACCAAUGUUCUCCCAAGUGACACAAUACCCAACCCAAGAGAAGAAUGUAAGGCUCUGCAGUUAAGGAGUGGCAAGGUAGUUGGUGAAAGUUCGAAUAAAGAAGCAAUAAAACCCAAAGAGCAAGACACAGUGGAAAUACAUGUGGAAAGGCAAGGUGAAGAAAAGGCUUCAACAUCUAACAAAGGCAAAGAAGUUGUCAAGCCACAAGGCAACCCACCCAGACAAAGAAGCAACCAUGAUAGCAAUGGGAGUGUGAAUCCACAACAAGAAAACAAAAAUGAAGGAGUAAAAGCUUAU